AUGGAGGAACUUUGUUACAGCUUCGAGCAGGAAGACUCCACACCUGACUUUCUUUUCUGGGACCAGGCAGAUCCCAAUGGUCAGCUGGAUAACUUCCUACUAGACUGCUCCUCCCUGGCAGACCAGUUCUCCCCUUGGCCCUCCUCUGCUUGCCCACCCACCCUGGGGGAGCCGGCAGUAGAACAGGCGGGGGGUGCUGAACUGGACAGCUCCCCACCACCACCACCGCCCCACGGUCACGAUCACGGCCACGGUCAUGGCCAUGCCCACCAGCGGCACGCCGCCAAUGUCCGCGAGAGGAAGAGGAUGCUCAACAUCAACUCGGCCUUUGAUGAGCUCCGGUGCCACGUACCAACCUUCCCGUAUGAGAAGCGUCUCUCCAAAAUCGACACGCUCCGGUUGGCCAUUGCCUACAUUGCUCUUCUUGGCGAGAUCCUCCUCUCUGGAUGCGAUCCCAAAUCCUACGUGGAGCAGUCCCUGAAGAAUGGUUUGCAAAGCCAACUGCGGGCAACCUGGAAUACAAGCGGUGAGUGA